CUCGCGCACUGUAUUGAAAAUGGUGCAGUAUGCCAGGCUUGUUUUGCUUGCGACAUGUCUUAUAGGACAGUCCAUCGCAUACAACUUUCCUUACGAAGCUGUCCAAUUGCAGGAGAGUGAUGUCGCUAAUAACCCGGACCUGGCAUUCGGUUCUCUUCCAGGUGAAAUCCCAGCAGAUUGCAAGACAUUCCCAGGGGAUGAUGAUUGGCCUUCUACACAGCGUUGGGCCGCACUGAAUGCGACUUUGAAUGGUGCUUUGAUUCGAGCAGUCCCCCCACUCGCAGCUUGCUAUCAGGGCCCAUUCUACAACGCAGCAAAGUGUGAAGAUGUAAAGAGGCAGUCAGGGAGCUCGCUAUUCGCUAAAGAAGAUCCUUUGAUACCAUUUGGCAUGUGGCAACUUGGCAAUCCUUGUCCCAUCCCUGCAUCGACCAAUCUAAACAAUUCUUGCAACUUUGCUAGCUUCCCAGCCUACGUUGUGAAUGCUUCGACCGUGAAGCAUAUUCAAUUGGCUGUAAAUUUUGCUCGGAACAACAAUAUUCGCGUAACUAUCAAGAAUACGGGCCAUGAUUUCAUUGGGAGAAACACUGGCGGUGGUGCUCUCCAAAUAUGGGUUCAUCACAUGAAAGCAUUUGAGUAUCUACCUUCAGCCAGCAUUUCAGGAUAUGAAGGCGCUGCUGGACGAGUAGGUGCUUCUUUGGAGCAGUAUGAUUUGUUGAAUUAUAUGAAUGCAAACAACAUCACUCUUCUCUGUCCUGGGUCCUCGACGGUGGGGGCUUAUGGAGGCUUCAUGCAAGGCGGUGGAUUCUCUUACAUGACCACCAAAUUCGGACUCAUGGCUGACCAAGUCCUGUCCCUGGAAGUAGUUACCGCGGAUGGAAAAUUUGUUCAUGCUGAUUUGGAAGAGAACAAAGACCUUUUCUGGGCAAUACGAGGUGGAGGUCCAGGAAAUUUCGGCAUUGUUACAUCCGCUGUUGUCAAAGCAUAUGAGCCUAUUCCAUUUGCGACGUCAACAUUCGAAUUACGAACCAACACUACAUCAGGUGCGCAAGUACCCGCGGAAACCUUCUGGAAAGGCAUCAGUACGUACUUUUCGCAUCUCGUGCGCAUCAAUGAUGCCAAGGGGAUAGGAUGGAAUAAUAUCGGAAAGAGUGGCCGAGGGUUCACUUUCACCGGGCAAGUGAUGAUGCCAUCGAUGUCGUCCUCCGAGUUCUCCUCAUUCAUGGCGCCUCUGAUUUCAGAUCUUAACAAAAUCGGCAUCACCAUCACGAAUCCCACCCCGAAAUGGUUCCCCACUUUCCCAGAAUCCCAAUUCCGACCAAACGGUCCUGGCGAAGGUGUCGCGAACCGCCGCUUGGUCUCCCGCCUCUUUCCCCGUGAGAUCUUUGAAGACCCAACAUCCAAAGAAUUUGCAAAGGCUAUGAGCGCAAUAAGAAUUUUUGUCGAGGAGGGUGGGUACAGUUUUCAUAGUGUCGAUUACCAUCCUUCUCUCGAAACCGCUGGAACUCCUGGCUCCUACUCAGCUGUAAACCCCCAUCUUCGUACUGCUAUCAUGCAUGCGACGGGCUUCGAUACUCAGUCCGCCGGCCCAGAUGCAACACCUGAGCAGCAAAUUGCAGGGCAUACGCGCUUGAGAAAAUAUGUGCAGUAUUGGAUCAAUGCCACACCUUCUAGCGGAAGUUACAUGAAUGAAGGGGACGCGGCAGAACCGGAGUUUCAAGAGCGACUCUACGGCGAGAACUACGAGCAACUGUACAGUAUCAAGAAGAAGAGAGAUCCGUGGGGCUUGUUUUAUGCGGUCACAGGCGUAGCCAGCGAGGAGUGGGUAGUGGAAGGGGCUCAAUUGGGGUUACCUAUUCAGCAGGGGAGGUUGUGUAGAGCUUAAACGCCUCUACGUUUGCCUUGUACUCGUAAUCCACAUAUUCUCUGCCUCAAAGAGCGCUUUUGUCUAAUGAAGCUCAACCGAAAUCUCAUAUGUCUCUUUUUGGUGAUAUUAACAUCUUGACGUAAGCCGUGUUCGCGAAUUUUGAUUAUUGUUUGGGUAAGAAGAGUGUGCAUUUUUUUCAAUGUACAACGUCAAUAUGCUCAAAACGAAAUCUACUCCGACCGUUACGUAAAACUCUAGUCUAUGGACAGAUACACACCUUUGACAGGGUAGAGCGAAAAACAAGAAAUGGUGUAUCUCCAUCCUCGCUUUCCUAUUGACUGGUCAGGUGUACAAACAGCCAGGCUCUAUAUGUAAGCCACAACCUUGACAUAAGUGUAUGGGAUCUCCAUCACACUACAUGUUGUCGGACUUAUGCCUACAAUGUCCCGGCUACGUUAGUCCAGUGAUCACCAUACAAAAUCCCUAACAGGGAAGGUGUGUUGUAAUUCCACUAUCAUCCGGAGCAAACACUUCGUACGGAUUCAGAGACGGGGUUUUGAUUCCAGACCACUGAGAAUCCUGCUGGUUUCCGAGUUUUCCGUGUGCUAGUGUACUAGGAUGGUGCGCAGAUGGACUUGAGACCUCUCUUAAGAUAACGUAUUCACGGGCAUGUACGGUGGAUUAGCUCGUGGAUAACUUUACAAGUGACCACUUCGCUGUAUUACACAUUGAAUCUGAUGAUCGUGCCUUGUAAUCAAUGUUGGUUCUGUGUUCGGUAAGCUGCGGGAGCUCUAGGAUCGGUGCGGGUCGUCCCAUGGAUCUGAGUGAAGAUUGUUGGAAUUGCCAAUCUCCCCAUGCGCUGGUGUUGGCCUCGAACCCAAGACUGAAACAAAGCAGGGAUUAUAGGAAUGAUUUCUUGCAGAGAUAAUAUCAUAGUGUGCCGCCC